AUGUCUGAGCAGCAGAAGAAACUGGCGAAAAGCAAACACCGGACAUACUUCGAUUCCGGAGACUUCGCUCUCAAGUCGGCCCACAAGUCAUCGGAAAUAUCCCAGCAAAGCAUUGGCACUAAGCACCCACAAAGGUCCAAUAUAUCUCAUCCGUUCUGUGCCGUUCCUAGUUCCAGUAAUGUCUGCGAGGACGCGAAUGACCCAAUCCAGGCCCCGAAAGAGACGUGCCACAGUCAUCUCCAAGAUAAAGGCGAGCCAGUUCGCCAGGAAGAUGAGGCCUGA